CAGAGCCACGGAUAUUCUGUUUUAAAUACCUGUUAUUUAUUCAGCACUUUAAACCGACAAAAGAGCCAGACUAGUGAUUCUUUACGUAUUUGUUUGCGUUUAUCACCUUGUACCAUAAAAUCAUGGUUAGAACAUUAAUAUAUCCAAGCCCGAAUGAUAAUAUUCCUGAACACUUCCUUUUGUAUUCCUGAGUUCUGCUAGACCAUGUAUUGACUUGAACGUCGCGCCGGAAAGGAGAGCCACCAUGGAUUCUGGAAAUGUGUCCCUCACUGACAUCGCCUUGAAGGCAACCAUUCUUAAUUUUGAAUUACUGGAAAAAGAGGUCAAGUACUUGAAGAGUGAUAUGGAUGACAUGUUUCUAGUCUUCUGCGCGAUCAUAACAUCGUUCAUGCAGGUUGGCUUUGCAAGUCUGGAAGCUGGUUUUGUUAAUUCCAAAAACGUAACAAACAUCAUCCUGAAGAACGUGCUUGACUCAUUCAUCUGCGCAAUCUUCUACUGGCUGAUAGGGUUCAGCUUGGCCUACUCGCAGGGCAACAAGUUCCUGGGGUACUCGGGCUGGGCUGGAACAGACAUCCCCUACGACAAGUACAGCUUCUGGGUGUUUGAGUUUGUCUUCGCCUCCACUGCCUCCACGAUCCUCUCCGGUGCUGUGGCUGAGCGCUGCUCUUUCAUCACCUACAUGGCCUACAGCUCCAUUAUAUCUGGAGUCGUCUAUCCCAUAGCCUCGCAUUGGGCGUGGUCUUCACAAGGAUGGCUCAGCAGGGAUCUUCACUAUCAGGACAUGGCCGGAUGCGGGGUGGUGCACGCUUUGGGGGGCUCCUGUGCUUUUGUGGCAGCAGUGUUCCUAGGCCCUCGCAUCGGACGUUUCCAGGAUGGUCGGCCGGUGGACAAGCCUGGCCAUUCCAUGUCGAUGGUGGGAGUGGGUGGCCUGAUCCUCAUCUCGGGAUUCCUGGGAUUCAACGCAGGCGCCCUGGGGAGAGUGAGUGGCCAGGGUCCCGCCCUGGGGCGAGUGAUACAGAACACCGUGAUGGGCGGGAGUGGGGCAGGAGUCUCGAUGCUAUUGAUGAGUCGCCUGGGCAUGGUGGGUGAACGUGUCUGGGCCUUCGCUACCACGCUGAAUGCUGUCAUCGCCGGCAUGGUAGCAGUGUGUGGAGCAGUAGACCAGUACACCCCUCUGAUGUCCUUGGCAACGGGGGCUGGAGGAUGUCUUGUGUUCUUGGUAGUGCGGAAUCUCGUCAUGAAGUUUCAAGUGGAUGACCCACUGGAUGCUGUAGCUGUUCAUUUUGGAGGUGGAUUCUUUGGAGUAAUUGCUGGACCUCUUUUCACUCCCAAUGGUCUUAUUUAUGGUGUCACCGAUGAAUCAAUACGACAGUCUAAGUACCACAUCUUUUCCAGCAAACUGAGGAACAACGUCCUGGGUGGAGCUGCGAUAGUGACCUGGUCCGUGUUAUGUAGCAUCCUGCUGUUCGGUUCACUUCCGGCUAUUGGGUUCUUCUCAGGGUAUCCGAAGAACGAGAAGGAGGAAAUUCAAGGUCUUGAUGUAUCCAAGCACAAGGAGCCAGCUUAUCCUGUCAAGGGCUGGGUGAUUGAUUUUCCCGUACAAGUCCAGCAGAACAACGGCCUUCGAAAAAAUGGCAGCUAUACGCUGAACCGGUCCGAAGAUGGGGAAUUCAUCAUGAUUGGACCUCAUGUGACUAAAACUGUCAGCAGACGACGGUCCAGUCUAGACUUCUACAGUGCUCCCAACCCCUUCAUCCCUUAACUCAAUAUUGACCUGCCUUAGCUCAAAACUGAACAAUUUCAAUGUGUAGACCAUGCAGUUGAUAUCAUCUUUAACGAUUCUAUGUUUAUAUUCUAAAAAACUGUCAUCAAAAAAAUAUUAAAAACCCCUAUUUGUUUAUAAUUUUAAACAAAAAUUAUUGGUACCUUUUUAAUCCUUAACUUAUUUCUAAUACCAUUUCCGUAUCACUCAUUGACUUGCGUGUGAUAAAUCAGAUAUUUGUAUUUUUGUACUUUUGCAUAAUUAUACAGCCAUUUAGUGUAUUUUAGCUGACUUACAAAGAGUUGGGUCCAGAUAAUAUCAAACAGCAACAGCCUAAACACUUCGAGAAAGCCCUGGUCAAUAACAACAACGUCUAUUUUGUACAAUUCUUUACUGCGUUCCAUACAAAAUAUACAAAAGCCUUAAGAAAAUAGACGAGAGACAC